AUGUCCAAACUCCUCGUCAUCUUCGGAGCAACAGGCCAACAAGGCGGUUCCCUCAUCCAAACCAUCCUCUCCGACCCCACCCUAUCAAAAACCUACACCCUCCGAGCCGUAACACGCGACCCCGCCCAACCCACCGCCCAAUCCCUCUCCUCCCGCGGCGUCUCGCUCAUAAAAGGCGACCCAGACGACACCUCCUCGUUGGGACCCAUCAUGAAAGACGCCCACACCGUCUUCGCCGUCACGACCACGACCUACGACGCGGAAUGCUACGCGCGCGAACUGCGGCAAGGAAAAGCGAUCGCGGACGCGGCUGUAGCUGCUGGUGUGCAGUAUCUGAUCUUUAGCUCUUUACCGCACGUUUCGACGCUUGCGGGCGGGAAGUACAAGGGCGUUCAGUCCUUUGAUGCAAAAGCCGAGGUUGAGAUGUAUGUCCGCGGACUUCCUAUUAAGAGCGCGUUUUUCCAACCGGGAUCUUUUAUGUCGAAUUUUCAGGGCGGUAUGAAGCCUAAUCCCGUGGGUGACGGGACGUGGGCUUGGUUUAAUGUUGUGACGCCGCAGACGCGGUUACCGCUUAUUGAUACGGCGGGGGAUACGGGGAAGUAUGUUUGUGCUAUUCUUGCGGAGCCGGAGAAGUUUGAGGGGAAGAUUUUGUGUGCUAGUACAGAGGUGUUGAGUAUGGAGGAGAUUUGUGAGACGAUUGGAAAGGCGAGUGGGAAGACGGUCGUUUAUAAGCAGUUGCCGGAGAAUGUGUUUAGAGGGUUUAUGAAGAAUGAGGUGCAGUCUGAUAAUAUUACUCAGAUGAUGUUGUAUAUCCAGGACUUUGGAUAUUAUGGGAAGGAUACUGUGGGAAAGGUUGCUGAAACAGCGGAGUUGGCGAGGGGGAAGUUGACGACGUUGGAGGAGUAUUUGAAGAAGAAUCCUUUGGGUUUGGAAUAA